AUGGAAUUCAUCUUUGCGGAUGAGAACGGGCAUAAAGUUCAUGAAACGUGUAAAAAAACUUACAUUGAAAGUAAAGGAAAGCUUCUUCCGUUUGGAGUAUGGUGCAACAUCUGGAACUUCCAAAUUAAUCUGCAGGAGAAGCUUAUCGAUCAACAAGCUAUACCUAAAAGUUGA